UCCUUUUGCGUUCUGAGGAGCGGGGGGGGGCGGGGGUUGAGGGCGGGCGCUGUGGGCGAGUCUCUGCCAGGCCCUUUUGCUUCUUGUGGGCGGCAUUGUCAACCUGGUGGUGUAUUUUCUGGAGGUGUAUUUUCAACGUGGUGUGUUUUCUGGGCUGCAAAGGGAAGGGAUUGCUGUCCUUUGUCACAGGCGCGUCUCACUUCAAGAGACAGGGCUGUGGAAGGCUUGUUUGGGCCAGAAGAGUAAAAUCAGCAAAAUGGCAACUGCUCAGAAGCAGAAGAACUGUGCGAGUGCGGUUGUAUUCCCUAAUAAAAUAACCACUGAACAGCAAUCCCUGACGCUCGUGAAGAGGCUCUUGGCAGUGGCAGUGUCCUGCAUCACGUAUCUGAGAGGGAUCUUUCCUGAAAGUGCCUAUGGGACAAGAUACCUGGACGAUCUGUGUGUCAAAAUCCUGAGGGAAGACAAGAACUGUCCUGGCUCUACUCAGCUGGUGAAAUGGAUGUUAGGAUGCUAUGAUGCCUUGCAGAAGAAAUAUCUAAGAAUGAUUGUCCUAGCGGUCUAUACCCAUCCGGAAGAUCCUCAGACAAUUACUGAAUGUUAUCACUUCAAAUUCAAGUACACCCACAAUGGGCCACUCCUGAAUUUCAGCAGCAAGACUAAAGGGAGUGAUUCCCCAAUCACCUGUGCAGACACCAAGAAAGCGAGCAUCCUCCUCAUUCGCAAGAUUUACGUUCUGAUGCAAAACCUAGGUCCGUUACCAAAUGAUGUCUGCCUGACCAUGAAGCUGUUUUAUUACGACGAAGUUACACCACCUGAUUACCAGCCUCCUGGUUUUAAGGAGGGUGAAUGUGAGGGGAUGAUAUUUGAGGGAGAGCCAAUGCACCUUAACAUGGGUGAAGUGCCGACGCCUUUUCACAUGCUGAAAGUUAAAGUGACAACUGACAAACAGAGGAUGGAAAACGCCGAGGAGAGCAUGCUGAAGCAAGGAGAUACUGAUCUGCCCCUCCAGGUGCUCAGAGUGGACAGAGAGGUUCCAGAAGAAAGCCAGCACAUGGAUGAAGACCCAGUGUUAGAUAAUAAAGUGGAAGAUAAUAUUCACGUAAAUACUUUGGAAGCUCAAGACCCGAGUUUCCCUCGUGGAGGGGGUGAAGUUACGAAGGCUGGAGAGAACAGGAGUCUGUACGUUUCUAAUCGCCAGGUUGAUCAUUUGGCAAGUAAGACAUCUGAACUUAAUAUGUCAGAGAGCAGGACAAGAAGCGGGAAGAUAUUUCAAACCUACACUACUGAACCCUCGUCCAGUCAAGACGUGCUGCCAAAAAGGAGAAAAAUCAGUGAGCCGAAGGAGCAGUUUUAGACACUCCUCUCCCGGCUGUUGUCUUCCAGGGUGCUUCUCCACACCACUUCCAUUUGGUUGUUUAAUGCGAUUGUUAACAUUUAAAUGUUCUUUCAGGGACCUUGUUCUAUUUGCAGUCAAAAUGUUGUGGAUUCUAAGGAAAAAUCUACCAAGAAGCCCUGUGGAAUAAAUCAGAAGUUCCUUUCUAUAGGAGGUUGUAUCCCCAUCAGGAAAGAUAGAGGCUGGCUACUGAUGUAACUCUGGAAUAAAAAUUUAAAAAAAUCUGUAACGAAGGUGAUUUGGGGGAUUUGGCUCCCUGCUAACAACGUGCUUAAAUCCUGAUGGCGCUUGUGUACGUUCGUUAACUGCAAGGAGAGAUUUCACUGGUAACAUUUUCUGGGCUGUAUUUCAAAGCUGAGGAACCCCUUGGUCAGAACCUGCCCUCUGGGGCCCAAAAUCCUCGAGUCUCGGGGUUAAUUUCUGGAGCAGGUUUCUUAAUUUCUGGAGCAGGUUUAGGAAAGCUGUUAAGCUGUGUUACAAUUCUUGUUUUUACUACAAAGCAAGCAGAACUAGAACAGUUACGGAUGUUUGAUUCAUUUUUUUCCAGACCAAAGGCACCAGACAAACCCUAAGCAAGCAUUCUUCAUACCUUUAACCACAUACUUCAUGCCAGAAUACCAGGAUUUGUGUACAGAUGUACGUACAUAUUUACGAAUGGUAUGAACCUCUGUCAGGCAUCUGUUCUCAUGGUGUGAGAUGAUUUGAAAGAGAAGCCUGCAUGUAUCAAAAAUGAUUAAUUGCAGGAAUUGGAAAAGGUGCUGAAUUGUUCUGCCAAAAUUAAUUGGUAUUUUUGCAUGUAGUGUAAAAGAAUUGGAGUGAAGCUGUUGCACAGCUCCUGUGUUCGGCUGUGGAUAGCUGAACAUUUCUUGAUAUAUUUGAAUUUAAAUUGACAUCUUUUUAUCAUAUUUGUCCAUUAAAACAGCAUUCAAUUU